AUGGCGAACUUGGAUGUUGAAGACGAUUAUCCAGACAUGGUCUUCACUCCGCCGCUGUCGUCUCGCUCUGGUAGCAGAAUGCGACCUAGACAGCCACCCCAGGAAAACGUGAAGCAAUUCUGGGAGCAGUUCAACUCCAGAUUCCCUGGCAAAGUAUACACUGUUCUGCCGGACAAUCCAUAUGCUCGUUCCAAGGCCGCGCGGCUCCCCAAGGGAGUCGUCAAGGCGCAAGGUGCGGGGAAGUCGUAUGAGCAAGCUAGCAAAGAAUGCUACCGGGCCGUCGAGCGGAUCGCAAAAGAAUGCAGGCGUCUCAAUCAGCGAUACACCGAUCCACAUUUCGAUAUCGAGAUGGACCUCAAAAACGGGCCGCGAAACUGCUUGAAUGGUCUUGACAACGAUAAUAUGUAUAUGCAUCCUAAGGGUGUGAAGAGAGUUACUGAGAUUUUUGAAAACCCUCAGUUCUAUGUCAAUGGGCCGACCGCUUCAGAUGUACGCCAAGGGCGUGACGGCGACUGUUGGUUCAUGGCUGCGCUUUGCACAAUGGGAAAUAAAGAGGAACUAAUAGACAAGAUCUGUGUUCACCGAGAUGAGCAGGUCGGGGUCUAUGGUUUUGUAUUUUACAGAGACGGCGACUGGCAGCAAUGUAUUGUGGAUGACAAGCUCUACCUACGCGCCGCUGAUUACGACGAGUCGGUCGAUGAACGACCCAUUUGGGACGACAUCAACCGAAAGGACACUGAGGAGGAAUAUCGUAAAGUUUUCCAAACCGGCUCGCGUGCUCUUUACUUCGCUCAAUGCGUGGACGAAAACGAGACCUGGCUUCCUUUACUGGAGAAGGCGUAUGCCAAGGCGCAUGGUGACUAUUCGGCCAUUGAAGGUGGCUUCGUUGGUGAGGCAGUUGAAGACUUGACUGGCGGUGUAACGUCUGAUAUCCUCACCAACAAUAUCCUAGACAAGGAUAGGUUCUGGGAUGAGGAGCUCAUGCAGGUCAACAAGGAGUUCUUGUUUGGCUGCGGCACGGGCCUAUACUCGGACUGGCUUACCCCGAACCAUCCCAGUCCUCCAAAGGACAGGAAGGGUAUUUCCGAGAAUCACUCCUACUCAAUCAUGGAUGUCAGGGAGAUUGAAGGAAAGCGCUUGGUGAAGUUACGGAAUCCUUGGGGAAAGAAAGAAUGGAGUGGUGCCUGGAGCGAUGGCUCCGAGCAAUGGACACCCCAGUGGAUGGAGAAGCUUAACCACAAGUUCGGUAACGAUGGUUUCUUCUGGAUAUCGUACGAUGACCUGCUGAAGAAGUAUCAACACUUCGAUCGCACGCGUCUGUUUGGACCGGAAUGGACAAUUACGCAACAGUGGACCAGCCUGAACGUUCCCUGGUCUGCAGACUACCAUACUACCAAAUUCAAGUUGAACGUGACCAAGCCCGGUCCCGUUAUUCUUGUUUUAUCUCAGCUGGACACACGCUAUUUUAAAGGCCUCAUUGGUGAAUAUAACUUCGUCCUGAAGUUCCGCCUUCAGCGGGAGGGUGAAAACGACUACAUUGUACGAAGUGUCAACAACUGCCUCAUUUCUCGGUCCACCAAUGCAGAAGUCGAUCUCGAGCCUGGAGCCUAUCACAUCCUCAUGAAAAUCACGGCCUAUCGUCAGCAUGAUGCUGUAUCUACGGAGGACGCUGUCAGAGAACUAGCACCUACGCGGCGUGAGAAGCUGGUGCAAAUUGGCCUCUCAUAUGACCUAGCUCACGCCAAGGGUAUUGUCAUUGAAACUGAAGCGGAAAGAGAAGAACGUGAAGAGCACGAGCGCCAACGAAAAACAGCUGAGCGAAAGAGGCUGCGCGACGAGACAAAGAAGAGGCUGCAGCGCGAGUGGAUUCGUGAACAAAAGCUCAUGGCUCGCAGAAUGAGAGCUGAUGAGCGACUGGCCGCAAAAGCGUCCAGACUCCAUAUAAAUGGCAAGAGUUCUGAGCCUGAGGCCGAACGGGUACUCGAGGACAGCCCCGUAGAGUCACCAUCAGACUUGAACGGUCACACAAACGGUGUUGCCACGAAGCCGCUCAAGAACGGCUCGGUCCCGAGCAUCAAAUUUGAUGAAACCCAUACACUACCCACGCCUAGCUCUUCACUCGAUACAUUCUCCACCCAUACCAGCCGCCAUCGCUCAACGAACUCCAUCAGCCGUCAGCGCCGCCACACCCGCAACCGUGACGCUGAGCUCCUAGAAGGGUUCGAGUUCGACUCGGAGAUCGACAUGCCUCAUGAGGAACCCGUGACAAGAGCUCUCAGUACGCAGACAUCAUUCUGCGGUGAUCUCGCAUCCCAAACUGACCCAUGGAAUGCGGUCUGUGUGGUUGGGAUGCGUGUGUAUUCGAAAGACGAGAUGCUGUCACUUGAGGUCGUCCGUCCUGCACCGGAUUUUGAGCCCGAGGCAGCUCUUGACAUGGAUGAUCCAGCAGUCAGUGCGACCUCAGAGAAGGGAUCGCGACUGCUCGCCAUGCAGUUCGAAUGA